AUGAAUCUCAGUCUCCCAAUUCGGAGUGCCAGCAGGAGGAAUGAUGAGAGCAGGAAUCACUUUACGAGCAAUUACACCCCUACUUCUUCUACCGAAGCCAUUGAGGGGCCUAUUCGGGAACCUGCUCCUUUGAAUGAUCGAUUGAUUGUUGGACUGGACUUUGGUACCACUUAUUCAGGUGUUGCCGCUGUAUACACAUCAACUCCAGACGAUGUCGAGAUUAUCAAGACCUGGCCAGGAGGCAACGGCAUAACAUCAGACAAAGUACCAACAGAGAUAGCAUAUGACUACUCCCCAGAUGCGUCAGAGACAGCCGAGCCUAACAUCAAAUGGGGAUUCCAAUUCAAGCCCGAAGAAUCCCGUCUUCGCUGCAUCAAACUAUUCCUUGACCGCUCACAAAAGCUACCCUUCUACGUCAGCCCACUGGAAACAGCUGCUCAGUUGAAGAGAUUCAACAAGAAUGUCGUAGACGCCGUAAGCGAUUACUUGACCCAGGUAUAUAACCAUACCAUGGAGACGCUUACUCGGAGGUAUGGAGAGUCUUUCAUGGCGUCGACCAAAGUAGACUUCGUUCUCACUUGCCCAGCUGUCUGGUCGGACGCCGCGAAGAACACUACUUUGCAAGCUGCAGAGCGAGCGGGAAUGGGCCAGAAAUCAGAGAUCCAGAUGAUCAGCGAGCCGGAAGCUGCAGCAGUCUACACACUGAAAGCCAUACAGCCCAACCACCUAAGCGCCGGUGAUAACUUUGUUGUAUGCGAUGCUGGUGGCGGCACUGUGGAUUUAAUCGCGUACAAAAUCAUCUCUUUAAAACCACUACGGGUUGAAGAAUCCGCCGUGGGAACGGGUGGGCUGUGCGGAAGUGCGUUUUUGAAUUAUCGAUUUGAGGAACAUGUUCGGGGCCGUAUUGGAAAAGAUAGAUUCGACGAGAUGAAACUCAAGAAAGGCAAGUGCUGGCAGAUGGGCCUGAGAUACUGGGAAGAAUUCGUUAAGCGGAACUUCAACGAAGAAGAACAUUCCGAAGUCAAUGUCCCAUUCCCUGGCUUACCUGAUGACGAGGAAGCUGGGCUCGAUUGUGGAUUCUUGGUUAUGACUGCUGCUCAGAUCAAAGAGAUUUUCGAGCCUGUUGUCAAGGAGGUCUGCGAUCUAGUACAGGGGCAAGUAGAUGGGAUCCGACGCAAAGGCGGAAUAGUAUCUGGCAUCGUCCUAGUCGGCGGGUUCGGACAGAGCAAUUACCUCUACACGCGACUAAAAGGCCACUUCAACACCGCAGCCCCACCUCCCUACAGCGAGCGGCCCACCCACGCGCAAGCGACAGCUCUGAUCGAAAACGGCUCCGUGGAAGUCAUGCAGCCCGUCAAUGCAUGGACGGCUGUUGUGCGAGGAGCCGUCCUGCGCGGUCUCGAGGGUAGUAUGGUUAUUUCGCGGAAAGCGAGAAUGCAUUACGGGACUUCGUACGCUACAGUUUAUGACGAGGAUAAGCAUCAGGUUAGUGAGCGGUAUUGGAGUCCGCUGUGGGAGCGUUGGAUGGUCAGUGAUAGGAUGCAAUGGCAUAUAGCCAAGGGCGAAGCACUCAGUGCUGCUACUCCUAUCAGUUUCCACUACACUCGAAACUUCAGACCCGGACAAUCCCUAAUCGUAUCCGACGACCUCAUCGCCUCCGACGCCGACGGCGACCCCCCCGCAUCCUACACGCGCGAUCUCGUCAACGUCUGCACGCUAACCACAGAUUUGGGCGCCGUGCCUAAGAGUCUCUUCACGCGCCUGACUACCACUCGAGGUGUGGAGUUCGAUAACCUGGAUUUCACACUCGAGAUGGUUGUCGAGAGCGCGGGGCUAGCGUUUGAGCUUAAGGUUGAUGGGUUUCGGUAUGGGAGGGUGGAAGCGGAGUUUCAUUGA